CCCAGGCCCGUAACAUUAGGGAGGAAAAUGUUACUUUCCGUCCAGCCGCGAGCCGCGAUCGCCACAUUUGGCUACAAUAAGACCAGCAAGAAGCAGCCUUAUGUGUCAGUGGCCCAGCAGAUGGCGCCCCCGAGUCCCAGCGGCACCAACAACAACAGCAGCAGCAGCAGCGGAGGCGGCGGGGGAGGCGGGGACCAGCUAAGCAAAACCAACCUGUACAUCCGGGGCCUGCACCCGGGCACCACCGACCAGGACCUCGUCAAGCUGUGCCAGCCAUACGGCAAAAUCGUUUCCACGAAAGCCAUCCUGGACAAGACGACCAACAAGUGCAAAG